AUGGUAGCCAUUGACAUCCGUGUUAUGGAAGAAAAGUCAAUGGCUACCAUCAACAGUUUGUUUUUCCCUUAUGGUGAUGCCUCCAAGUUUGCUCAACACGCUUUCAGAACCUUUGACAAGAAUGGAGAUGGCACCAUCGACUUCAGAGAGUUCAUCUGUGCCCUUUCCAUCACAUCACGAGGCAGCUUCGAACAGAAACUCAACUGGGCCUUUAACAUGUACGACCUGGACGGAGACGGCAAAAUCACACGAGUUGAGAUGCUCGAGAUCAUUGAGGCAAUCUACAAGAUGGUGGGGACUGUUAUCAUGAUGAAGAUGAAUGAGGACGGCUUGACGCCCGAGCAGCGGGUCGACAAAAUCUUCAGUAAGAUGGAUAAGAACAACGAUGAUCAGAUCUCAUUGGAAGAGUUCAAAGAAGCAGCAAAGGGUGACCCGUCCAUUGUAUUGCUGCUGCAGUGUGACCUGCAAAAAUGAGCGUCUCAGAAAAGAGCCAGGGACUGCACAAAUGAUUAAUGUUCCAUUCAGUUUGCAGCUAUUUCCACUGAUAAAAAAAAAAUUGCUUGGACUACCUUUCAAUGAAUCCGCUUCCUGUGUUUGAAACACUUGUGUGCAUGAGAAUGGUCUUUGCUAACGAAUUUCACAUAUGCCCCCACAAGAACACCUUUGCACACACAAAUUCUCUCUCUCUCUCUCUCUCUCUCUCUCUCACACACACACACACACACACAUACAGAACAUGCCAUGCACAAAUAGAAUUUCUGAAUAUAUUAUAUGGAUAUUAAUAUACAUAUAUAUAUUGACUGGUCAAAAUUAACUGCAAAAUAUAAAGAGUGUGCAAAGUACCUUCUGAAUCCACUGGAGCUUGCACAUCACUGAUGUGCUGUAUUAAAUCCAGCUACUAUUUAUUGUACUGAUGCUAGCUAUGUGUACCAUAUACUGCAUAAUGUCAACCGAAUCGAUUCUUAUGGUAAUCGAAACUGUUCCGGGUUUACCCACUCGUCUGGAUGGACAAAAAGAUAAGCUUAUGUCCACUGAACUUUUCCCUUCAAAUGUGCUUGUACUGUUGGUGAAUAUAAAUGUAGUUUAUUUGCAUGCCAUUAGGUUUGCCUUAAGAGUACUUCCCUCAUUUGCAUCAUGCAUAAUGAAUGAUAACACGCCUUAUUUAGAAGAAACAUUAGAGAUCUGAAAUAGAAUUAGAUGGUUAAUUCAUUGGUUUUGCAAAGAUCUGUGAUGCAUUGAUGGGAAAAGGCUAGUUUACUACACCUUCUAUGUCUAGCAUGUACAUCACAUGAGAGGGAUUCAGUGUGGCCGAAUGUAAUCUCUGAGAAUAAUUCAACAGCUGAUAGCAUAUAUUCAUU